AUGCAUGAACACUGGUCUGCUGAUGCUCCUUGUUAUGAUACAAAGCCUCCAUUUUUGGAUGGGAGAGUUGUGUUUACCAAGCAAGCAGAACCGAUAAUGCCACUAAAGGAUCCAACUUCUGAUAUGGCUAUUAUUUCAAGAAAAGGUUUGAACCUUGUUAGAGAACUUCAUGAAAAACAAAUUGUUGGUGAAGUUGAUUUCAAGGAAGAAGCAAAGUUUGGCAAACACAUGAAAAAGGGUGAAGCAGUAAGUGAUUUUGCAAAGUCAAAAUCACUUUCACAACAACGUCGGUAUCUCCCCAUAUUUUAUAUUCAAGAUGAGUUAUUACAGGUAAAACGGGAGAAUCAAGUGGUGGUGGUUAUAGGUGAAACUGGUUCUGGAAAAAGAACAUAG